AUGGAGCUGGAUCCGAUGGAGGUCGUGGGGAUGACAAGAGCAUGCUCGAAUAUCUUAGUGGCAGUGUCGGAACGGUGGGACACUCAACGCCAUUGUCAUGAAGUCUUUGACCGACUUGGAGAUGCCGUGUUGGCCGAUCUUUCGGCAUCGCAUCGACAGCACUCUACCAUGACAGACAGCCCUGUUGUCAGCAGUGAGAGCCCAGUCAGUGCAGCCACGGCCUUACCACCGCAACGACAGGCAUUUUCACAGCAGCAUCUGUCGAACCCGAAUCACAUCGCCUUCUGGCAGAAUCAACAACAGCAGCAACAGCAACAGCACCAAAUGGCGCCACAAGCAGAGGCGAGCCGCUACGGGGGCACCGCCCCACCGCCCCCUCGCCUCGCAGUGGAUACUGAGCUCAUGCACUGCUACGAUGAUAUUCAGAGCUUGUAUCAGCAACAGCAGGUCGAGGAGCCUGUUAUGCAGUUGACACAAGAAUGGAUGGGCUAUUUGGGCAAUGGGGGUGAGCCGGCUGGUGGCUAUGUGACCUAUGGACAAACAGGGCAGCAGAUCGAGCAGCGAUUAGCAAGGGGUUCGCGGAAGCCAAGUCAGUAUUCACCGCAUACUCUACCUUCGCAACGUUAG